UACUUUUUUUUUUAUGCUAAAAAUAUUUUAUUGAAUAACAAACAAUUUCACAUUUCCAAGCUAGAAGCUAAACAUGGCAACCGUGAUACCGAAACCUCUUCAAGUUGGUGUAGCGCCGGUCAGGCGACCUCUCGCUCAUUUCCCACCGGAUAUUUGGGGUGACCGCUUCGAUAACUUUACGGUUGAUGAUAAGUUGAAGAUGGAAAGAUAUGAAAAAGAAAGUGAACCAUUGAAGAAGGAAGUGUUGUUGAUGUUAAUGGAUAAUUCUACCGAUUCAGCAAAGAAGAUGAGAUUAAUUGAUGCAAUGGAACGUCUAGGGUUCCCCUAUUUUUAUGAAAAAGAAAUCAACAAUUUAUUGGACAAGAUUUUCAAAGAAUUUGCCAAAGAAAAUUUCAAACUGAAAUUUGAUUUAUGUGAUACUUCAUCACAGUUUCGCAUAUUCAGACAACAUGGCUACAACAUGCCUUGUGAUGUAUUCACCAAGUUCACCGAUGGAAAAGGAAAGUUCAAAGAAACACUACGUAGUGAUACAAAGGGCAUGUUGAGCUUGUAUGAAGCUUCCCAUUUAAGGGUAAAUGACGAAAAUAUCCUCGACGAAGCCCUUAUUUUCACCACUGAUUUCCUUAACACCAUUGCUGCAUCAUCGGAGCAAGCACGGUGCGCGCUGAAACAGUCGUUGCAUCGCGGUAUUCAAAGGGUACUCGUUCGUAAUUUCAUCUCAUUUUAUGAGAAAGAUACUGAAUCUCGAAAUGAGAAGCUCCUACAACUUGCAAAGAUUGAAUUCAACAGGUUGCAGUUGUUGCAUUGCCAAGAAAUGAGCCAAAUUCAAAAGUGGUGGAAAAGCUUUAAUUUCGUGAAAAGGCUUCCUCAUGUUAGGCAAAGAAGCGUGGAAUCGCAUUUCUGGACCGUAGCAACCUACUAUGAACCUCGUUACUCUUUUGCUAGACUAAUGUAUUCCAAGUUUUUCCUGGUUUUACUUGUUUUAGAUGAUACAUAUGAUGCUUAUGGAACGUUUGAGGAACUCCAACAACUCACCGACGCAUUUCAAGGGUGGGAUUUGAGUUCAGCAGAGAAGUUUCCUGAAGAAUAUAUGAAAAUUGCAUACAAAUUUGUCAUUAAUACUUUAGACGAGCUUGCCAAGGAAACGACCAGAAGAGGAAGACCGUAUGCGGGUCAUUAUGGAAAAGAACAAGUGCUAUAUUUGAUAAGAAACUAUCAAAUCGAAGCACUGUGGGUUAAAACAAAGUAUGUGCCAACAUAUGAGGAAUACAUGGUGAAUGGAAGAGCAACAGCUGCUGUACAAGUAUGUGUUACAGGGUCUUUGUUGGGAAUGGAUGAAGUUGCAGAACAUAAACAAUAUGCACAGUUAAUGAAACCCUCCAUGGCUCUCGAAGCUUGCGAGUACAUUGUCCGACUCAUGGACGACAUUGUUACUGCUGAGGCGGAGCUAACUAGAGGAUGUCGUCUGGCCACAAGUGUAGAGUGCUACAUGAAGGAUUAUAAUAAAAGCAGAGAAGAAGUGUUGCAAAUAUUCUGGAAAAAGAUAGAAGACUCGUGGAAGGAUUUAGCCCAAGAGGGGUUGAUGACCAACUCAAGCCCUAAUGACUAUGAUCACUUCUCCAAACCUGUUUAUGAUCGGAUCCUUGGCUAUGGACGUGUUCUAGAUGCCGUAUAUAAGGUUGCGGAUGGCUAUACAUUACCUGAAGCCACAAUUAAGAAAGAUGUUAUCAUAACCUAUUCUCAACCCUUUGUCAUUUGAAUUGUUGUAUCCUAAUUGUUAUAUCAUAAGAACAUUGCCGGAAUAAUUGAUACAUAUUUGGUUAAGUACAUUUUGUAUGUACGGUGUUUGGGAUUGGGUUUGGGUUUGGGUUAUGUAAUCUGUAAGCAAGGCUAAGGUACCCGGACGUUAGUCAUGUUAUUGUGUGAGAGUGCAAGGGUGUAACGUAUAUUGUGUGUGCAAGACUGCAAGUUUUGCACACACAAUAUACCUGGUCGAAGGGAUUCCUUCUUAUCCCUUUGGUUCUGUUUUAAUAAAGUUG